AUGGAGAAACCAACAACACCCAUUUUUGAAGAUUUUGCGGCAUUCUGUUGGCAAACAAAGACAUUGGAUUUAGCUGGGCUUUUGCAAUACAGAACAAUCAUGUUGAAGUUGCUAGCCUUGUAUUUUUUCACCACUUUGAUACAUGUUCCAAUUACUGAGGCCAAAAUUAGGGAAUACAAUUGGGAGGUGAAAUAUGAGUACAAGUCCCCUGAUUGCUUUAGGAAGCAGGUUAUAACCAUCAAUGGAUUAAGUCCAGGACCUACGAUUUUGGCCGAGCAAGGUGAUACGGUCAUUGUUAAUGUCAAGAACAAGUUAAUAACAGAAAGCUUUGCAAUUCAUUGGCAUGGAAUCCGACAGAGAGGAACACCUUGGAGCGAUGGAACAGCAUGGGUGACUCAAUGUCCAAUAGGGCCUGGAGACACAGUCACUUAUGAGUUCAAGGCUGAUAGGCCUGGGACUUACGUGUACCACGCACAUUAUGGAAUGCAAAGAACAGCUGGGUUAUAUGGAUCAAUCCAGGUAUCACUUCCUGAUGGAGUUGAGGAACCCUUUGCCUAUGAUUUUGACCAGAGCAUCCUCCUUAAUGAUUGGUACCAUCAAAGCACUUCUGCACAAGCCACUGGAUUGACCUCCAUUCCCUAUAUGUGGGUUGGGGAACCUCAGUCACUUCUGAUUCAAGGAAAAGGAAAAUUCAAUUGCUCUAGUGUGACCCUGCCAACCAACAUUUGUAAUACAACAAAUCCAGAAUGCUCUCCUUAUGUAAUAACUGUAAUCCCUGGAAAAACGUAUCGGCUAAGGAUUGCAAGCUUGACUGCUCUAUCAGCCCUUAGUUUCCAAAUCGAGGGCCAUAAAAUGACUGUGGUUGAAGCAGACGGGUACAAUGUUGAGCCAUUUGAAGUAGACAAACUAUAUAUAUACUCUGGAGAGACAUACUCUGUCAUUGUAAAAGCUGAUCGAGACCCAUCAAGAAAUUAUUGGGCUACAACAAAUGUGAUCAGCCGGCACCCUAAUACCCCACCUGGCUUAGCCAUUUUCAAUUACGAGCCAAAUGAACCACAGCAAUCACCUCCAACAGUUCCACCAGCUGGUCCUGUUUGGAAUGAUACGGCAGACCAGUUUGCUCAAAGUCAAGCUCUUAAGGCUCGCCAAGGUUACAUCCACACCCCUCCCCCAACCUCAGAUAGAACGCUUGUGUUUCUCACCACACAAAACACCAUCAAUGGCUAUACCCGUUGGGCCGUAAACAAUGUCUCUCUCGACACUCCCGACACCCCUUUCCUCAUCGCACUCAAAUAUAACUUACCAAAUGCGAUGGAUCAAACCCCGCCACCUGAUACGUAUGACUCUUUGAAUUAUGAUAUUAACAACGUCGCAAAGAACAAAAAUGCUACUUCUAGCACUGCUAUUUAUAGGCUAAAGUUCAAUACAACAGUAGAUGUUAUAAUGCAAAAUGCAAACACCAUGAAGAUAAGCCAUAGUGAGACACAUCCAUGGCAUCUCCACGGGCACGAUUUUUGGGUCCUGGGUAAUGGAAUUGGCAAGUUCGACCUCAAAGAGGACACAAAGAAAUUCAAUUUGGUGAAUCCAGUGAUGAAGAACACAGUGCCUGUUUUUCCCUUUGGAUGGACCGCUUUGAGGUUCCAGGCUGACAACCCAGGCGUUUGGGCUUUUCAUUGUCAUUUAGAGCCUCAUUUCUACUUGGGCAUGGGAGUGGCCUUUGAAGCAGGGGUAGAAAAGGUGGGAAAAUUGCCUACAUUCAUCAUGGGCUGUGGCCAGAGCAGAGGAUUAUGA